GUUUUGCCUCUGCAUUCAAGAGGUCGUUGGUUUGUUCAAAAUCUUUUAAAGGCGGUACAUAUAUAAAGAAAGGCCAGCUCUUGAUUGUGGGUCUGCGUUAAAUUUGGAUUUGCGGGUGAUUUUCUCAUCGGCAGCGGCUAUGGAGGAGAUGGGUUUCCGGCCGUGGCAGAAGGGUUCGCUCCAUGGGUGGUUGACCGCGGCAGUUCGCUUGCUUUUCUUGCUCUUGGCUUGCUCCGUGGUGGCGACAGUAAGAGAAGUUCGAGGGAACGAAUAUCCUGGGGUCCAGCUGAAAGUGCAAAAUAAUCAGGUGGUGACGGACAAUGGGAUUGUCGAGAUCACGUUCUCAAAUCCAGAUGGGAUGGUUACGGGCAUAAAGUUCAACGGGAUUGAUAACCUCCUUGAGGCUCGCAAUAAAGAAGCCGAUAGAGGGUACUGGGACAUUGUGUGGAACCGGCCAGAGGAAGCUAGCAUGUUUACAAGGAUUGAAGGAACAACGUUCAAGGUGGUAGCAAGCACCGACGACCUAGUGGAGUUGUCGUUUGUAAGCAGCUGGAGCAAUUCUUCCGAGUCGUACUUGGCGCCACUCAUCAUCGACAAGAGAUUUGUGGUGAGACGUGGGAGUUCAGGGUUCUACGGGUACGCGAUAUUCAACCACCCGAAGGGAUGGCCCGACUUGGACAUCGGAGAAGCCCGGAUUGCUUUCAAGCUCAACGGACAAAAGUUUCGUUAUAUGGCUAUAUCGGAUGAGAGGCAAAGGGUUAUGCCAACGGACGAAGAUCGCGCCAGUGGUCGUGUGCUAGACUACAAGGAAGCUGUACUUUUGACUGGUCCAUCCAAUUCCGAGCUAGAAGGCGAGGUGGAUGAUAAGUACCAAUACUCGUGCGAGAACCAGGAGAACAAGGUGCACGGCUGGAUCAGCAGCGAUCCGCCGGUGGGAUUCUGGAUGAUCACCCCCAGCGACGAGUCUCACACCGCCGGGCCUGUCAAGCAAGACCUCACUUCCCACAUUGGCCCGACCACGCUCAACGUGUUCUAUAGCAAUCACUAUGCGGGGAAAGAUGUGUCCAUGAGUUUCCGGAACGGAGAGGCGUGGAAGAAGGUUUACGGACCAUUCAUGGUCUACGUCAACUCGGUGUCGCCUGAAGAAGACCAAUCGAAGCUUUGGGCGGACGCAAAAGGACAGAUGUUGAUGGAAACUGCCAGUUGGCCCUACGACUUCAUCAGCUCAGAUGAUUAUCCUUCCGCAGCCGGACGAGGAACCGUCAGCGGUCAACUGUUGGUCCGGGACAGAUACAUGGAGAAUAGAGACAUGGCGGCGGGCUCCGCAUACGUAGGGUUGGCAGCACCGGGAGAGGUCGGUUCGUGGCAAACCAACACAAAGGGUUAUCAGUUUUGGACUCGAGCGGACGAAAACGGAUCUUUCGAGAUUAAAAAUGUCCGGCCAGGCAUUUAUGGCUUGUAUGCAUGGGUUCCCGGUUUCAUCGGGGACUACAAAUACCACUUGAACGUCAUGGUCAAGCCAGGGUCUGAAAUACAAGUGGAUCCUCUGGUUUUCAGCCCUCCACGAUCUGGUCCCACGUUGUGGGAAAUUGGCAUCCCCGAUCGAACGGCAGCCGAAUUCUACGUGCCCUUACCUAAUCCGCGGUUUAUGAACAAUCUGUCCAAAAACGGCAUCGGAGAGAGGUUCCGGCAAUAUGGAUUAUGGGACCGGUACUCAGAAUUAUACCCUAAAAACGAUCUCGUCUACACUGUCGGCGUCGACAACUACCAUAGAGAUUGGUUUUUCGCUCAUGUCACCCGGAAAACAGGAAAUUCAACAUACGUGCCAACAACAUGGAGGAUUGACUUUCAUCUUCAAAAUGUGAACUUCAGAGGGACCUACAGACUUCAAAUGGCAGUGGCAUCAGCCACCCUGUCUCGCAUAUCGAUCGGGGUCAACAAUCUGAGCCAGCAACCUCCCUCAUCGACGGGCCGUUUCGGCAACGACAACGCCAUCGCGAGGCAUGGAAUCCACGGUCUGUACUGGACGUUUGGCUUCGACGUGCCGGGCUCUCGCCUACGCAGGGGGACCAACUCCAUCUACCUCGCUCAGUCUUCGUCAGCCAGGACACCCUUCGAAGGCGUCAUGUACGACUACAUUCGAUUCGAAGGCCCUCCGAGAAUGAAUUGAAAUUCUCCAGUUGUAUAGAAUUCGCGCACAUAGCCAUUUCAUCAAAAUUCAUAAAAAAAAAAAACUAUACAAGAUUAGGUCAGAUGUAAGGCAUUUUCAUGUUCUUUUAUGGCGAUAAGCCGGUAAGAAGGUCGAGGUUCGAUCAUGCAGAAAGCAAUUGUUUGUUACAUUAGUUACAUUUGAUGCUUCAUUUGAAUUGAUUUAAACUAUCCCGUCUUCAAGUAAA